AGUCCUGUGUCAAUAAAUGGAUAGUUCACACGCUGUCAAAAUGAAGCUGCUCUUAAUCUUCUGGCUCCUAACUGCAGAUUUAUAUUCCUGCUACACUGGUGAGUAAAUAUUACUGAUCUUUAUUAAUUCAGUAUCACUUGUUAUGCAUGUGCUCAGCUUGAGGUCACAGUAUUUUAACAUUAACUUUGUAGAAGGAAUGAUUAUACUUCAGCUGCUUUCAAGACAGACCAAACCAUAACAAGAACACAAAUCAUUUUAAGUUUUUUAAGAAAUGGAUGACCAAUUCUGAGAAACAGUAACAAAAUAUAUUCAGAGCAAACUAUCACCAACCACAACACACCAAAGAUGAGAACACCUGUAUCAAAACGCAGACAACCUGCCUUCAUACGUUCACUCAGACUGACCUGAACCCUGAGAUAGAAAGCACAAAAACAUUCAUGAGGAAAGUCAUUUUAACAAAAAAUGGUAUGUCUUUAUAUUUCUUUGAUAGAUUAUUAAACACAAAUAAACUGUACUAACGAAAUAAAUCAUGAAACACAAAUAGUUUACAAAUUACAUAACAAAAUGCAAAAGUAUGAAAAAACUCAAAAAAUAUUCCACAAAUUGACAAAAAUCCUUCAAGUGUUUUUAUUUGUAAAACAGUGUGUGAUGAAUGUUUUUGUUUUUGUUUUUUUGUAUUUUGUGAUAAUUUUUGGAAUGUAAUUCAGUUUUUUAAAUGUUGUAAAUGCUUGUGUGUUUCACAAAAUGUUUUUGCAUUAUGGUGAAUGCUUUUGUGUCAUGAAAUAUUCUACAUUUUGGGAGGGUGGGUGACGCUUUAAAAAUAUUUUUGAUUUUUGACAUUUUGAAGAAAUUGUGUGAAAAAAUGUUUCAAAUUUUUUGUUGUUAAAAUCUUUGUGUAGUUUGUUUGUCAGGGCAUCUGUAAAUAUAACCCUUUCUUUGUAACAUUAGCUUGGUAAAAGCUUUUAGUUCUAACUACCGUUGCUAGUGUGCCAGUUUUAGCUGUUGUUUACCAUAAAAAACACAGUCAUACUAACAUUUAGCUAAUAGAAAACAGCUUUAAACUACACUGUGUUCUGUCUUCAGAUUGUCUUUUAUAACGUGCAAACUUAAAGUUAAACAUUUCCAAAGUUUCUUCGGCACAGUCUUGUCAAUCACAGGUAACCUCGCCACAAACCUUCCCCUGCUUUCUGGUCUCUUUGACUCUAGACAGGAUCAUAAUUAACCAAAAAACAUUGUAAUUUUAUUAAAGAGAUUUCAAACCACAAACUGACACCACAGGGUCAUGAAGAAAAUGAAUUCUGAGGGAAGAACUUCUGAGGGGGAGGAUUCACUGACUUUUACACUAUGAUGUUUACUGCUUUUGGCUACUGAAUCAUUUUUUUUAAUUAUUUCUUUUCCUUUUACAGGUGUUCCAGAAAUCUACGCAGAGCUGAACGGAAUAGCCAUACUGAAAUGUCCAGAGAAGGGAAAUGUAACAUGGCAGUGCCUUGAUAAAGGCGGUCAAAGAAAGAUCCUCCUCACCAUCACAAAUGGCCUGGAAAAAUCAACUAACAAAAGCAAAUAUGGAGCCCAGGCAGAUAAUGCACUGCUCAUUCUAAAAGUUCAAACGUUUGAUUUUAGGAUGUAUUUUUGUAAUAAUAAAAAAGUUUAUCUACGUGACAUAACAGAUAUAAACAGACUGCUUCCCAAAACUACAAACAUGCCAGGUCCUGAUGGACAGGAUUUUGGUGAUGGAUCAGGACAGGCAAGGGAUCCUGCAGAGGAUGAGCCAGGCUCAGGGAUUCAGGGGUCCUCAGGUGACUGGAAAAUCUUUGUGGGUGUAGUCACUGGAGCUGCCUUGGUGCUUUUUGUCCUCUUAACUCUGAGAUUCUGCUCCAAACGGAGAGCAAUGACAAACACCACCAUGGAAAAGACAACACAGGAGGCAAUUUAUGAGGAGAUCGACGAUGUGGAGCAUCAGCCAAGGAGGGAGUCUGUAGUGGAGAGUCCUUCCGACUGGAGCAGCAUUGCUGACACGCCGAACACGUCCACACCAACCAACAAUAACCUGUACAGCACAGUGAACAAAACUAAAGGUCAGAGCAGGGAGGAAUGUGUGUAUUACCUUGCGCAAAAUCCUGCAAGUGUUGGCAGGAAGUAAACUUUCAGUUUCAAUGCUAACUGCUGCUGUCUCAUGGAACAAACUAGCGCUAGUUCAGGCAGGCUAUGAAAUCCAGUUGAGCCCAUGGCUACUUAGCUGAUAGUCUGAUGACCAAGUACAGAAAUGCUCAAAUUUUUCAGCUGUUUUACUCUCUGUUUGCCAUGAAACUUUAAGCCAUGGUAAAAAUAUUUUCAUGAUCUUGAUGAAACCCCACAGAAAGUGUGUCAUAGUCUAUUUCUGUUUACAGGAAAUUUCACAACAGCCUUUCCAUCAUACCAUCUUUAAAUUUCCCUCUUUAUACUAUCAGUCUUUGUCACUUGGGUUUAUCUUGCACAUUCCUGCACAAUGACGCAGCUGUGCCAUUAAACCUGUUGCACUUUUGAAGAGGAUUUUUAAUCUUAUUUUACAAAACUUAUAGUAUUCAUUUUUGAGAAAAAAAGUCUGCUCUGUUUCUCUGAAUUAAUGAGAAAAUUAUCUCAAACUCAUGACAUUAGUGUUUAUAAACAAAAAUGUUCUGCCCUGUUUUUAUGAGGUAAGAAAGAGAACAAUCAAAGUAAUUCAAAAGUGUAGAUUCCACAGUUUCCAAUGUUGUUUAAUGGCUUUUUCUUAUUUUCUUGACCACGUUCACAAUUUUUGUACCAAAACACAAACCAGAGUUGCUCACAUGUAUCAACCAGACUUUUUUUGUCAAGUACAACACAAAAUGCUGUACACACAAAAGAAAAAAAUCAUAUGGAGGGACCAUGAGCCCAUCUACGAAGUUAACAUGUCAUGAAUGAGAGACUGCACAAACAGGAGCUGAAAAAAUUGUGGAAAUCUUAUAACAAAAUCUUAAUUAGGAAACACUGGAGGAAGAAUAAAUGUUCAAACUCAAAGACAGUAUAGUGAAACAGCCAAAAUAGAGGUAAUGAAUAAAACAGUAAAAGAUAAAUCUGGUUGGAGGACAUUAAACCAGAAUAAAAUUUCAGGAUAAAAAAGUAAGGAGAGUAUAAUAAAAUACGUAACAGAAACCACAUUUAGUUAGAACCCUGACUUACGUAUAUGGUAGUUUCUUGAGUUUGCUUUUGAAAAUAUGGAAAGAAAAGCAAAAGUAAGUUGGCCUUGUUUCAGAUUGAUCAAAACUUAAUUACAACCAUAAUUAUGGGACAAUUGAGUGAACCUCAAGGCUCUGUACUCAGUCCAUUACAAUGUAUGGUUUACUUAUAAAGUACCUCUCUUCCUAUCAGCGGGCGGGGUUCAAUACUUAAGAUCUAAGACAUGUUUUUGUGCAUCAUAUUUUUGCCAUUAUGAUAUAGUUUUACUUUAUGUAACUAUUUUGCUUUUGCACAUUUUUUUCUGGUGUUAAAUAACUUUUUCUAGUUUUCUAGUUGAAAUAGAUUUAACUUCUGACAUUUUAUGUUUCAUAAUUCAUUUUUCACAAAAAAAACUUUUGCAUUUCAUGGCUUUUUUUUCUUUAGUUUUCAGACAUAUCUUUGAGUGAUGUGAUGUUUUUGUUCUGUUUUAGUUUUUUUUUUUAAUCAUAAAGUGUUGCAUUUCAUGAAAUGUUUUUGAAUUUUAAGACAUAUAUUUGCGUAAUGUGAUGUUUUGUUUUGCUCUAAGUACUGUGUUUUAUGCUGUUUUUUUAGGUUUUCAUGAAAUAUUUCUGCGUAUAACAAUAUUUUUUGUCCCCAUAAAACUAUUUGGCAUUUCCCGACAAGAAUGAGUUUUAUAACAUGUUAUUGUACUUUGAAUUUUUUUUGUUUGAUGAGAAAUAUUGUGCGUUUCCUGACAUGUUUUGGGUUUAAUCAUGAGUGAAUGCAUUUUGAGUUUUUUUAAGCAUUUAUGAAAUUUUCCUAAAUUUCGUGGCGUUAAGUUUUAUGUCAUAUUUUGGCAUUUUAUGUAACAUGAGGAAUCACUGUCAGACUUUGAGGACUUUUCCCAUUUUCCCAUUUCAAAGGGUUGUUUUUAUUUCACCUUCUUUAAUGUUGAAUGUCGCUCGGACAUUUUCAAUAAAGAAUCAUUUAAAAAAAAAAA